AUGGCUCCAGCUUAUUCUAACUACGCUUGCAUUUUUAUCUCAACAUUAUUCAUGUUCAUGUUGGCAAGUUCUCGAGCAGAUGCUGCUGCUGCAACUUCCACCGCCAUACUUAUAAAUGUCGACCAAUCCGGGAAUGGAGACUACAAGAAGAUACAAGACGCCAUUGACGCAGUUCCAUCCAACAACAACGAGCUUGUUUUCAUAUUGGUUAAACCUGGCGUCUACAAUGAAAAGAUUGUUGUGCCUGUGGACAAGCCUUUCAUUACUAUAAGUGGUUCAAAGCCAAAUGAGGUGAUAAUAACUUGGAAUGAUAGUGGCAACAUAUUUGAAUCUCCUACCGUCACUGUGUUGGCUUCAGAUUUUGUUGCCCGUUACCUCACAAUUCAGAAUACAUUUGGUCCCGGAGCUAAAGCAGUUGCGUUAAGAGUAUCAGGAGAUAGGGCAUCUUUCUUCGGAUGCAGAAUGUUAUCUUAUCAGGAUACGUUGCUCGAUGACACUGGAAGACAUUAUUAUAAAAACUGUUACAUUGAAGGAGCCGUUGACUUCAUUUUUGGAAACGCCGCUUCCCUUUAUGAGAAGUGCCAUUUGCAUUCACUCUCAGAAGGUGAUGCAGCUAUAACAGCCCAACGAAGAGAGUCUCCUUCGGAGAACACAGGCUUCACUUUCUUGGGUUGCAAGAUAACUGGCGUAAGGACGGCUGUACUAGGAAGGCCGUGGGGUGCAUAUUCCAGGGUGGUCUUUGCCUUUACCUAUAUGUCUAAUGUGAUAUUACCCCAAGGGUGGGAUGACUGGGGAGACUUGUCCAAGCAAAGCACCGUGUUCUACAGGGAAUAUAAAUGCUACGGACCUGGUGCCAGCAAGAAAAGGGUUGAAUGGUCGGGAAAGCUGACGGAUAGUGAGGGGAUUUUCUUGACAAAGAACAUGAUUGGUGGUAAGAGUUGGAUCAGGUCUACGUCAACUCGUUUCAAGAAAGCUUCGACUGUCAUCUCCAACAAUUCGACUACACAUGCUUGAUGAUCGUUAAUUAAAAUGUUUGAUGUUGUAAGCGCU